GACUGACUGACUGGCCUCAGGUUGCUUUCCAUUCUCCCUCUUCUUGCUCUCCUCAUCCUCACCGGCCCCCUUCGCUUUCCCACUAAGCCAUCAUGAGGCUCUUGGCCGCGACAGCCGCUCUCGCGGCUACCGCAGCUACCACCGUCAUGGCGGCGAAACAGCAUCCCCUCACUCCCGAGGCGCUCAUCCUCGCCCCUAAGACGGCGCAUGACUUCUCCCUCUCGCCGGGCAAGAAGCACUUGACCUUCCCUGUCGCUUACUCGAGUCUGGACCAGGGGGCCAAGUCCAAGAAGGAGGUGCACAUCAUCAAGGUCCCGGCUGCAGCUCAACUCCAAGACGCAACCUAUCAGCCACAAACCAAACCAGCUGCCAUCCUGUCUGGUAUAGCGCAUGCGGCGUGGAUCGAUGAUGAACAUCUCGUCUACGCCAAUGACUCUGCUCUGUAUGCAGCAAGUCUUUCCAACCUCGACAAGCCAGACAAGCUACUCGACCUUCCCGCUCCAAUUGCUGAUGACUCCUUGCGCGUGGUUGCGAGUGGGAGGGAGCGUAAACUCGUCUUCGCCGCCGAGGUGUACAGCGAUGGAACGCUUGAGGGGGUCAAGAAGGUGGAGAGUCAGGAGCAUGAAGAGGAGUGGGAGCGAGUCAAGGCUUAUGAUGGGGACAAUGGCGCCUUCUUCCGUCACUGGGACUCGUGGGAGCGACCUGGAAAACGCUCCAAUCUGUUCUCUCUCACCCUCUCCAAGGCUGAAGCCCCAGGCUGGAUGCUCAGCAAGGACACUGCUGCCCCUGUCAACCUUCUCGAAGGUACGAAGGUCUCCACACCCAUUGCCCCCUCUGGCGGUUCAGACCACUGGGACCUCCACGAAUCGGGCGUCGUCUUCGUCACAAAGUCCCCAGACCUGCCCGAAGCAUGGCAUACGCGCGGCGAAGUCUUCGCAGUCAACUUCGAAUCGCCUGGUGAGCUGCACAAGCUCACUCCAGAUGAGGAGCACGGCGCUGUCACUUCUCCUCGCUUCUCCCCUGAUGGAGCCCACAUUGCCUGGCUACAGAUGGCAGAGGAUGGGUACGAGAGCGACCGCAACGUCUUACAGAUCUACGACGUUGCCGCGAAGAAGCAGCGUUCCAUCUUGGCCAAUUGGGACCGGUCUCCCUCCGGCCUCUCAUGGUCUGCCACAGGCUCAAAGAUCUACCUUCUUACCGAAGACUACCAACGCGACAAGGUCUACGAAGUGGACCCAUUUGCCUCGCCGCUUCCAUCUGAACCGUCACUGAUCAAGACGCCCGACCUGAAGACCGGCUCUAUAUCCCACUUUGAGUCAGCCACUGAGGAUGGGGACAUGUCCCUAUUUGUGGCCUCUUCGCUCCGCAGCGUGUCGGAGGUGUACGUGCACUCCCAUGAUAGAGGUUCAUCCUACCGCUUGACGACGUACAGCACGCAAGGGUCGCUGAGCGAUGUAGCAUGGCCAAGCAAGGAGCCUGAGGCAUUUCACUAUCCUGCGCCUGACGUCGAAGGGGAGCAGAGAUGGGGUUGGAUCCACACGCCACCCGGCUAUGACGACUCCUCCCUCAAAGGCAAGGACGCCAAGUGGCCCGUCCUGAUCCUCAUCCACGGCGGUCCCGAGGGUGCUUGGGUUGACAGCUGGUCGACUCGCUGGAAUCCCGAGGUAUUCGCCGCUCAAGGCUACCUAGUCGCAACGCUCAACCCCACCGGCUCGAGCGGGUUUGGCGCCAAGCUGACCCGCGGAAUCCUAGGAGACUGGGGUGGGCAAGCCUACCGUGACAUUCUGGCGGGUGUGCACCACGUUCUGCAUCGUGAAGCGCACAAGAUCGACGCAUCGCGCGUGGCAGCCGCAGGUGCGAGCUAUGGAGGGUACAUGAUCAAUUGGCUGCAGGGCCACAACAAUGACGAAUUGUUCAAGGCCCUCGUAUGCCACGACGGUGUCUUUGACACUACGGCCAGCUGGUACUCGGGAGACGAGCUCUAUUUCCCCGAAUCCGAAUUUGGGGGCUUGCCUUGGUCUACUGGAGCAAGUCAGACUAGCUAUGAUCAGUGGUCACCUUCGAACCAUAUCGCAAAUUGGAAGACGCCGCAGCUGAUCGUGCAUGGGGCCAAGGAUUGGCGAUUGACGCCUGAUAAUGGCGUAAGCGUAUUCAAUGCACUGAGACGCAAGGGUGUGCCCACGAGGUUGGUGUCCAUGGAGAGGGAGGGACAUUGGGUCCUGGAUGCGCGAUCCAGUCUGAGGUGGCAUCGCGAGGUGUUCGGUUGGGUGGACAAGUGGAUCGGCAAGGGAGCGAGCAAGGCCGAAGCCGAUCAGGGGAGGAGCAGGUGCAGAGAGGGGUACAGCCCGAUGCUGGGCAAUUUGUGCUUGCUUAAAAUGGCUCGUAGAGCUGAAUGGUAUUAUAUGCUUUCCAUGCACCCGCAUCGUAUCAUCUCCUUGUCUCCCUCGCCUGCCCCUCUUUCAUCGAACCCUGCGCCUUCCUCCAAGCCGGAGCAAGCGUUUUCGACUGGCUUCGCCUCCUCCCUUCCUUCCUCACCCUUCGCUCCCUAUCAUGAUCUCUCACAAGCGGCACACCAGCCCUACGCUGUCGCUGUAUGAAGGCCUUCUCCUCUUGCACUUCCGCUUCACUCUUCUGAACACCUUGCGCCUUCUCAACAGCAUCCAUAAACUCUCUUACGCGGACCUUCAUCUCCUUCAACCACUCGACCUCCUCGCGCGGCAACACCUGCACGCCCUGCGCCCCAGUAUCAAGCGCAAUGCGCAGCAAAGCAUC